AUACUGUGUGCUCUGCUCAAGUACUUUGAGUGUUGUCCAAUAAUUAACUUCUGCACUGAUAAGAAAAGAGAGGGAGAGAACUCAGAGGCACGAGGGAGAGGGUGAGAGACAGAAGGGCACGAGACAGAGACGCAGAAUCAGCAAACAAAAAAGGAAGGACGUGAAGUCACGGCCGAGAGGAGCGGGGAGAAGAGGAAGUCCUGAGCCAUGAGCCUGGUGCUUCGUCGUGUGGUUUAAUGUUCUCAGUGGAAAUGGAGGAGAAGCAGGUGUCCCGGACCUUAGAGCUGAGGGACGGCUCCCGCAUGCCCGUCCUGGGUCUGGGGACAUGGAAGUCCUCCCACCUUCCUCGCACCUCAGUCCAGGGCGCAGUGGAGGCGGCCAUCGCUGCCGGGUACCGCCACAUCGACACGGCCUGGAUGUACCACAACGAGGUGGACAUCGGCAAAGCUCUGUGCUCCAAGAUGAAGCAGGGCAUCAUCAGGAGACAGGACAUGUUCAUCGUCAGCAAGCUAUGGAUUACCCAUCAUGCAGCAGAGGACAUCCCUGUGUGUCUGAACAAAUCCCUGAAGGAUCUGCAGCUCGACUACCUGGAUCUCUACCUCGUGCAUUUCCCUGUUGGCCUGAAGAAAGUGGGUGAUGAGCUCUUUCCAAAGAAGGACGGAGAGUUACUGACGUCUGACAUCGACUACCUGGACGUGUGGAGGGGGAUGGAAGCUCUCCAGGCCUCAGGGAAGGUGAAGAGCAUCGGAGUCUCCAACUUCAGCAUCUUACAGCUGGAGAGACUUCUGGCUCUGUGUCAGGUGCCCCCCGCUGUCAACCAGGUGGAGCUGCAUCCUUACAUGGUGCACACGGAGAUGGUGGAGUUCUGUAAGUCCAGGAACAUCACUCUGGUCGCCUACAGCCCCUUUGGUUCACCUGCACGACCCCCAGACAUGUUUCAAGGAGACACUGAUCCUCAUAAACUCCUGGACGACCCAGUUGUUACAGAAAUUGCCAAAAAGCACAGACACAGCUCAGCACAGGUGUUGCUGAGGUACCACGUACAGCAGGGGGUUGCUGUUAUUCCCAAGAGUGACAAACCUCAUCGCAUUCUCGAGAACACAAAGAUCUUUGACUUCAGUCUGUCUGAAGAAGACAUGAGCGCCCUGAGAGCUCUGGACCGGGGCUGGAAGGCCUUCCUGUUCGAGGAAGUCAAGUCUCAUCCGUACUAUCCCUUUGCGUGAGGCUUCAACCAGCGGAGAGAGAAAAGACGACAAACUGGAGCUUCACUCAAACAUUCACCUCCAGGGACGUGACUCUGCAGCACUGAGGUCAAAGUUCAGCUCGUCUCAAUGCAGCAGCUCAUGUGAUUGGAUUAGACUCACAGGAAACACUCAGAACGUCUCCUCCCACCAGCAUCACACACUGAAACCCACCGGUGACCCGUUUACCUGACACCUGAUGAAAUGUGAAGAGAAUUCAGUUUACAAAUACGAAUUUAAAGAAAAUAAAGAUCAGCUCUUUGUGUUUUCCUGUUAUGAAUAAAGUCAAGUGUGUUUCUGUUGACACGACAUUGUGUUUAAUUAAAAGCAGUUUGACAGUUGA